UUGCCAACUGUCAGUGUCAUAACAAUUGUCAUUAUCGCAUUUUUAUUUUUUGUGCAAAAUUUCAAUUUUCAAAUCGAACACAAACAAAAAGCAAAAACAAUAUUAAAUUCUUUGUGAAAAAUGAAACAGUGCCAUGAUAUCAUUUUCGUUAUAAGUUUAAGUCUUAUCGUACUAUUCUGUUACAAUUUAACCGCGAGCGCUCUAAAAUCGGAUGAUAUACGAAAUCACCUAGGAACUCGCACCCCUUACAGAUUUAAAUAUAACAAAGACGACAAUAAGAUAUGUUUUCAAAAUUGCAAGGAUGACAAAAUUUGGAUGGUGCUCAGACAUGGCACCAGAUUGCCAAAUGACAAAGAUAUAGUGGGCAUGAAUACUAUAUUGAAACAGUUGAAAAUAGACAUUUUAUUAAAAAAUCAAAAUGGAAAAGGACCACUGAGUAAGGAACAAUUGGAUUGGUUUGAAAAUUGGAACAACAACACUCCACUGGCAAAGGAAAGAUAUCUCACUAUUGAGGGACAAGAUGAAAUGAUACUGCUCGCUGAGCGCAUGCAAAAGAGAUUCCCAAAUGCUAUUAAAAAGAAGUACAACAAUGAGACCUUUUUGUUCCGAUACACAGCAACACAAAGGGCUCAACAAAGUGCAAGAUACUUUACAAUCGGUUUAUUUGACAGUAACAAAUUCCAGCACAUACAAUUUGAACCAGCUCUGGAAGUUGACACCACAUUGAGAUUCUACAAACACUGUGCAAAGUGGCAAAAGCAAGUCAAGAAAAACCCAGACACAUAUAAGGAGGUAACUUUGUUUGGCCAGAGCAAAGUUAUGAAUGACACUCUUCUGGCUGUGACCAAAAAACUGGGGCUUGACAAAACUUUGACCUUGGAUCAAGUUGUAUUAAUGUACAGAGUGUGUGGAUAUGAGACAUCGUGGCACAAAUAUAUGAAGUCGCCCUGGUGUUUCGGUUUCGACGAGAAGACUAUUAAGGUACUAGAAUACUUUGAGGAUCUAAAGAAGUAUUGGGUCGACGGUUACGGCUACACACAACGCGCAGCGUGUAUGAUCAUGAAGAAUAUGUUCCACACUAUGAGUAGCAAUGGUCCAAGCGCAACAUUCCUGUUCGCGCACUCGGGCACAAUACUAAAGCUGCUCACCCACCUGCAGCUGUACAAGCCGCAGUGCCCUCUGCUGGCCGACGCGGUGGACGAGGGCAGGCCUUGGAGGACGUCGGACAUUGACUGCUUCGCGUCCAACAUAGCUUUCGUGCUGUUUAAAUGUAAUGACGGAGACAAGAUAUUGACGCUGCACCAGGAGAAAAUUGUCAAACUGCCGAUGUGUGACACUGAGCUGUGUCCAAUGGCCGACCUCGAGAAACAAUUUCACAACACUAUACACAAUUGUAACUUCACUGACAUAUGUAGCAUUGAUUAGUUCACUGGCAACUAGGAGUUUAUUCAGCACCCAAUUUCAUUGUAAUGUCCGGCCGCUCAGAGAUUGCGUGUCAGAUAACUGUCAAUGUCAAUGAGAUAUUUAAAUAUAUUUUAUUAACCUUUUAAGGAGUAAUAACAUUAAAAAUUUAAUGUUAAAUUCAAUUGCCAACUUACAAUAAAUGUAUUAAUUAAUUAACAAAAAUAUAUAAAAAGGUGACAUUGACAGGUGUCAGAAAUGCAAUCUCUGAGCGACCGGACUUUACUUAGUUGAUAUUAUACACUGAUCAGUAGACAGAGAAGUCAAUAGACAAAUGAUUAACGUGACAUUUAAGUCAAAAUGAAAAAAUACUAGAUAUGUUUGCACUAUACAUCACACACCACUAUCUAGUAUUAAAGUAAGCGUGUGUUAUGGGUACUAACUAGCUGACGAAAAAACAUUAUACAAUACAUAUAAAUACUAUGAAUAUACAUAAAAGUUUACCUAGAUACUGGAAAACAGACUUAUUUGCAAUUUUAACAUUUCGAAACACUACACUGAAUCAUUUUGUAUAUUUCUAGCUGCGUUUCUUAUAAUUUGCAAAAACUGGAGAUUGUAAUUUCGAGUUCAUGAUACAUUUUUAAUCUUGUUUGUACCAUUGUAGUGUCUGUAAACAAAAAAAAAUCUACUAUAGAUAUGUUACGUGUCAUGUAUGUGUGUGUGUAAUCAUCGCGAUAAGUGACCCAAAUUCAGCUAUGCCACUGAGCGCACACAUGUACACUUUUGUGUUUACUUACAUUGUAUUAUUUAUGUAUAUUUAAUUAGUGGCAUAUCUGAUAGUAUAAAAUAUUUUUUGUAAACACGGCCUGAGCCAUUACACCAAAUGUCUAAUCACUUUGUGACUUUUUUUACAAAAUCCGCAGAAUACGCAGAUGUGUUUUUUUUUGUGGAAUGUACAAUGUAUUUGUCUAUUGACUUUUCUAUCUACGCACCGCACACUAGUUACUAAUAGUGAGAUUAUAAUAAAAUAAACACACACAGCCUAAUAAAGAGAUGCAGGUUAUUUAAUAAAACAACGCGUAAUAAGUUAAUUACCACUUCACUAUUUUCGUUAUGUAUACAUAUAAUAUGUAAUACUUCACAACUUCAUUAUACUAUUGAAAGCUAAUAACGCUGCUCAAUAAUCUCCUCUAUCUUCCAGUGAAAGUCCCAUUAAAAUCGUUUAAGACGUGCCAGAGAUUAGCCCAGACAAACGAGACAGACAGUCAGACAUUUUUUUUAAUAUUUUAUGUAUCCUGUAAAUAAAGAAAAUACAAUUAUUUUCAAACCAUAUAAACAAAAUCAUGUUGAGUAUUAAUUUUAUAUUGAAAUCGAUCAAAUCGUUUUUGAUUAUUUUUUAAAUAUGUUUAGAGAAUAUAAUAUUCUUGUGAUACUAGAACCUCAUUUACAGCUUAAAGCUUAGGCUUUGUCUAUGUCAAUUUAUAGAAGUAGUUUAUAAUAAAGAAUUACGUACAAACUUUUGUAUUAGUGAUAUAGUGGAACUACAAUAAUAUUCGUGUGUAUACAAAGAGAAUUUCUGAUUAUUUGUAAUAUUUAUAUGCAUUGGCAUAUCUAGGAUUAUUUCCUAGGGUGGGCCUGGCCCCCGACAUCAAGACUUUUAUUAGUAUAUCCAUAUCAGUAUCCCAGAAUCCUAGGAUAGAUCCAUUCUAGGGUGGGCACAGCCCACCCGACCGCCCUAUGGUACUCGGUCAAUUUAUGUACAGAUCAAACUUAAAAAUAUAUAAUAAAAAUAGAAUCUCCAAAGCUGAACGGUAAAGGGCCGGACUCACGGAGAGGUUAUGGUUCGUUCCUUAUACUGUCGUACCCACUCCUGAAGUGUUUUUCAGAUAGCAUGGGUACGGUGACAGUCGCCUGCAUGACGUUCAUAAUACUUACUAUUAUCGUGAAUCGCGGCAAACAUUCAAGAGUGAAACGAUCUGUAACACAGUGUUCACUACUUGGAAGGAAAUGGAAAUUAUGAUCUUAAAAAAAAGUUAUGGCAAUGCCUAUUGAUGUGAUUUCACUAUACUGGUAGGUAGGCUUCUGUUAUUUUUUUUCAUGUAUUUACAAUGCGAGCUUUAAUAUUCAAUUGUUAUCAUAUUAUAAUGAUUGUAAACAGCUAAUAUAUAUUUAUAAAAUUACUUAAAA